GGACUACAGCUCCCGGCGUGCUGCGGAGCGGAGCGGGCCGUGCCGAGCCGUGCCGAGCCGGGCUGGGCCAUCCGUGCCGUGCCGGGCGGGCGGUGCUGCCCUCCCUCGGUGCGGGAGCAAGCGGGGCCGGGCCGAGUGGAGCUGAACCGAGCCGGGCGGAGCCGAACCGAGCCGAGCGGAGCGGAACGUUCCCGUCCCCCUGCAGUCGCCGAGGUCACCUCUGUGCUUGGCGGGCGCCUGCGUCCCACCCCCCCGGUGCACCAUGGCGUCCCGCAUCGGCCUGCGGAUGGAGCUGAUGAAGCAGCAAGCGCAGCAGGAGGCCGAGAGGGAGCGCAUGCAGCAGCAGAUGAUGAUGAACUACAUGCAGCAGCAGCGGAUGCCGGUGGCCUCCACCCCGGCCAUCAACACCCCUGUCCACUACCAGUCCCCACCGCCCGUGCCUGGAGAGGUCCUCAAGGUCCAGUCCUACCUGGAAAACCCCACCACGUACCACCUGCAGAAGUCGCGGGACAAGAAGGUUCAGGCUUAUCUCUCUGAAACCUAUGGGAACAAGUUUGCUGCCCAUGUCAGCCCCGUCAGCCACUCUCCCAAGCCACCCCCUGCUGCAUCCCCUGGUGUCCGACCCAGCCAUGUCAUGUCCUCCUCGGCGGGCAACAGCGCGCCCAACAGCCCCAUGGCCAUGCUCAACAUCGGCUCCAACCCCGAGCGGGAGUUUGAUGAGGUCAUCGAUGACAUCAUGCGCCUGGAUGACGUCUUGGGCUACAUGAACCCUGAAGUCCACAUGCCCAACACACUCCCGAUGUCCAGCAGUCACAUGAAUGUCUAUAGCGGGGACCCCCAGGUGACAGCCUCCCUCGUAGGUGUCACCAGCAGCUCCUGCCCUGCUGACCUCACCCAGAAGAGAGAGCUGACAGAUGCUGAGAGCCGAGCCCUGGCUAAGGAACGCCAGAAGAAAGACAAUCACAACCUGAUUGAGAGGCGGCGAAGGUUUAACAUCAAUGACCGCAUCAAAGAGUUGGGGAUGCUGAUCCCCAAAGCCAAUGACCUGGACGUGCGCUGGAACAAAGGGACAAUCCUGAAGGCGUCUGUGGACUACAUCAAGAGGAUGCAGAAGGACCUGCAGAGGUCACGAGACCUGGAGAACCACUCGCGGCGUUUGGAGAUGACAAAUAAGCAGCUGCUGCUCCGCAUCCAGGAGCUGGAGAUGCAGGCACGCGUCCACGGGCUGCCCACCUCCUCGCCCUCGGGCGUCAAUGUGGCCGAGCUGGCUCAGCAGGUCGUCAAGCAAGAAGCCAGUGGGGACGAGGGGACACUGGAGCCACUGCUGCCCGCCCUGGACCCCGAAUCGCAGCCGCAGCCCGCGCUGCCUCCACCACCCCAGUCUCCCUACCACCAGCUGGACUUUACCCACAGCCUGAGCUUCGACGACGGCUCCCGAGGCUUCCCAGACAGCCUGGAGCCCAGCCACAGCGCUUCCUUCCCAUCCCUAUCCAAGAAGGAGCUGGACUUGAUGCUGAUGCAGGACACGAUGCUGCCCCUGGCCUCUGACCCCUUGUUCUCAGCCAUGUCCCCAGAGGCCUCCAAGGCCAGCAGUCGCCGGAGCAGCUUCAGCAUGGAGGAUGCUGACAUGCUGUGACAAGGAGCCAACGCUGGGGCGAGGACCGGACCUUCGGGUUUGGUUAGUGAAGUUACCGGGCCCUCUUCCCACAGGAGGAGCCCAUCCUGCCACGCACUUGAAUCUACAUAGGAGUGAGGAGAACCUUUUCUCUAUGCAACGGGGGGCUCGGAGCGAGGCUCGCCGGGUGCCGCCGUGUCUUUCGCAAGCUUUUUUUUCGCCAGGAGCUGGAGCAGACCUUCUUGGCUUGCCGUGGCGUUGGCCUGACUGCAGAUUCCACAGCCCGGGAGCGUGUUCUCGGCUGCUUUUGCCUUUCAGCAAACCCCUCCCACACCGAACCCCUUCCCCAGGGUGCUGCUCAGAGCCCAAGGAGCCUUCCUUGGGAGUAGAGGGAUGAUGCUCAGAGCUUUGUGUCUGGCUUGCUGCCUCCUGCCAUCUCGCUCCUGGAGCCCACGUCCCCAGCGAGUCUUGCCCAGCAGUGGCCUCUAAACCCUGCAGAUGCUUCACAGUGCCACGUCCUUCCUGGUUCCUCCUUCCUCAGACCCCUCCGAGGUGUUAAUUGGAGCACGUUAAUCCAGGAGGCACCGGGGUGUUGCCCGAAUGAGCCGGGUCUGAGGUUGUGAAUUUGGGGUUGACAUUGAAGGCUUCCAAAACAACCGGGACAGGGUGUUUGGUGCUUGGUCAAUGACUGCUAUGAUGUGACCCCUCCCUCCUCGGGGUUUGGCAGCGCCCACCACCCUAACACCUCACUGGCCUCUGGACAAGGGCUGCAUGGUGCCGGACGAUGUUCUGCCUCCUUCGAGAGAACCCCACAGAGGUGCCUCUGCCCCAUAACCAAGCCCUGGCUCUUCAGGGGGAAGGUUAAAAGGGGCUUUUACACUUUUCAUUGGGGAUAUUUGUUGAAAGCAGAUAUCCUGCCCCACAUCUGGGCAUGGAGGUCCAGGCUUUGGCCGGAGAUCAGGGAAUGGUUUGUGCCAAACCUGAGCUGCUGCUUCCUUUGCCUUUGGCUCAUGGGGUUUAUGUCCGUUCCCAACAUCACCAACUUAUUCCGCAGCCAGGAUGCCUCGGUGAUGGGGACCUGCUUUGGGCUCUGUGUCACCUUCUGCCUUCACAGCCUGGCUCGGGGAGGGGGGGCACUGUUCACAGGGAAAAUACCACAGGAAUUUUUUCAGGGAGAGGAGGGAAGGCCGGGGAGAGAACACCCCUUUGCGAUCCCGCCAGAUAGCACAGCAUCCUGGACCAAGGACGGGGGAUGUUGCCGGGUUGGGACAGUGAGGGGGAAGCCUCUGGAUUUGGGAUUGGGAGGUGGGGACAGCCCCGGUGUCCCCUGGAGAGGCGCCUGUGGGACAUGAGGGUGUGGGGAAGUGCAGAAGGUGGGGAGGAGAGGGGGAAAGGACAAGGGAGGACGUGUCAGAGGUGUCUCAGGGAAGGGAGCAGACAUCAGGACACUAGCUGGGAUUGGGACUGUUCCCCCCUGCCUGUUCCUGGGAGGCCUUGGCAUCCUUCCUGCACUGCCAUUAGUGCCUGUAAAGAGAAGCAUCCCCCUGGCAGGGCGACAGCACCCACACGCUGCGCUCAGGAUGUGGGGUUACCUCUGGCUGUGAGGAUCUGUGGACACCAGAGGGGCUGUGUGGGUGCUUCAGGGUGGGAUACGAGGUCCCUGCUUGCUUGGGAUUAUCAUGGCUAUGGGGUGGUUCUGCUGGGCCCACGCUGGUGGUACCCAGUAUGUGUGGGGCUGGCAUCCUGCUCCGGCACUGUCUGCUGCCAGCACGGGACGUGGCAUCUCCCCGGCCCUGAGUAAACAGUUGUGGAUUAUUUUUUGUUGUUUUUAAUCUUUUGGGGGGGUUUGUUUGUUUUCAUUUUUCUUUUUUUUUUUUUUUUUUUAAUGCACUGUGCUCUGAUUAAAAAAUUUUACUACUGUUUUAUAAAUAAAUGUAUAAAAAGAAUGAACUGGAAUGGAAAAAGAAUCAUUAAAAUAUAUUUAUUUACA